GGGGCACAGUGCAAGUGGAGUGGGCCGGGGCCCCUGCUGAGCCUGGGCCCGGCUCCAUAGAGCCACUGGUCGUAUUGGAAACCUGGCACUGGGUUUGUGGGGUUGGAGUGUGUGUCUAGGGUCCUUCUGGGUCUGUAUCCACUUCUGGAGUUCAGCUCUUGCUCAGCUCAGACUUGCCAUUUAUAAGCCUAUGCGUUUUAGCAGGUGCACUUGAGUGCCUGUCAGUUUCAUCCCAGUUUCCGCUGCAAGGAGUUUCCAGCUACUGCAGAUGUUGAGAUUUACUUGCAGCCUCUUGAAGGGUUUUAUUCUGUCUGCAAAUGAGGAAACCUACCAGCACACAAGAUGUAUGCAAAUCCGCCAGUGUAUCCUUAUAGCAACAAAUGUAUAUGCUUGCUCCGGGAAUGAUGAGUGGGAUAAAAAAGAAGAUGAUAAAACUUGAAGGCCUAAUUAAAUUGGUAGCAGCAGUGGCUCCUUCUUCCAGUUCAUACCCACUGCACAUAUGGACCUUGUCUUUAUAAAAUGAGAUUAGACACGAGCUGAGUCAUAUUUGUGAAAGCUGUCAUGCUUCCCUGAAAAAAAGCUCAUUGCAAGGGGCUGCAACCAAAACGUGGGCCCUUCAACGACUGGAAGUGGGUACUUUUUCAUCCAUCAGAAUGUUGGAAAUAUCCUCUUUUCCAUGUGUCAAGUUGCACUACAGGAAUGGUGAACUUGUAUGCAAAAAUGACUCCCAAAAUUAAUCCCAAAGGAGGAAGAAUGAUGUAAAACUGAGGAUGCGUCAGGCUAUGAGCAGUUUGUCAACAAUUGUGGAUAAAUUCCUGCUCCUAUAACAUUUAAAAAAAAAUCUAACAACAUUAAGGAAGAUCUUUACAUUUCAUAAAAGGAAGAGACUAAUGAAGUAGAAGUCAACUGAAUCUCUUGUGUAAUACUGAAACACGAUGACAUUGGUGCCUGUGGGAUAUGGAAAUCAUGUCAGCAACUAACAUGGUUGAGAAAGACAUAAGUGGACAAUGUGGCCCAGUUUCUGUAGACUACAGGUUUUCUGCAUGAUCCUAGCAGUGUUGGCAAUUCUGGUGUUGGUACACAACUUCCAUCAGUUUGAGCACUUGGAUCACAACACGGUCUCGGGGUUAAAUUGGAUAAUAGAGACCGGUGACCAGCAGUCUUCAUCGCCAACAACUAAAGCAACCCGAAAGCACUACUGUGAUUAUGAACAUCAAACUUUGUCCAAAAGAGAACAAGCUGAGGAGGAAUCCUUAUUUGCUGCUAUACAGUGGCCAAACCCCCCUUUAGGUAAAAUCCCAUUUAUAAGAAGCACUGAUCCUGCCCACAGCAAUUUUGUGAUUUUGAAUUCCCAUGUGCGUUUCAAGGUGGGAGAUCAGUUAGAGGUGCUUGUCCACAUGAAGGAUUUUCAAGGCAAACCAAAACAGUAUGGUGGAGACUACAUACAGGCAAGAAUUCACUCUCCUCUGCUGAAAGCUGGAGCAACGGGAAGGGUUGUAGAUGAUCAGAAUGGGUUUUACAAAGUCUUUUUCACUCUACUUUGGCCAGGGGAUGUCAGAGUAUCUGUGUCUCUGGUCCAUCCUAGUGAAGGAAUACAAGUCUUGCAGCGCUUACGGGAAGAAAGACCAGACAGAGUCUUCUUUAAAAGCUUAUUCAGGUCUGGUAGUACUUCAGAAACCACUGUAUGCAAUGUAUGUUUGCCUGGAGAGCUUCCUGUCUGUAACUUCUCAGACCUCUUCACUGGUGAGCCAUGGUUCUGCUACAAGCCAAGAAAACUGUCCUGUGCCAGCAGAAUCAACCAUGCCAAGGGAGGAUAUCAAAAGGGCCUUCUGACACCUUCUGAGAGUCUCUUUUUCCAAACUGAUGUGAAUAUCAAAGUGCCAGUACUUCCCAGUGGCUCUGAUUCAGUGACUGUAGAACCCUUAGGAUUUACAGAAUCAGCCAAUGUGGACAGAUCUCAAGGCCCAGAUAUUUUCCCUUUGGGUUACUAUUACCAAGACGAGUGGAGGCCAAGAACACGUUGGAUCCGUCAUUUUAACAAGACAGCUGAUAUAAGCAAAUGCUUACAAGGAAAAGUAGUCCACUUGUUUGGAGAUUCUACAAUAAGACAGUGGUUUGAAUAUCUGACCACAUUUGUUCCAGAUCUAGUGGAAUUUAACCUUGGGAGUCCUAAAAACGUAGGUCCUUUCAUGUCCGUGGACCUGAAGCACAAUGUCCUGCUGAAGUUCCGCUGUCAUGGGCCACCCAUUCGCUUUACCACUGUCUUCAGUAGCGAGCUACGCUACAUUGCCAAUGAGCUGAAUGGCAUUGUAGGUGGAAGAAACACCGUGAUAGCCAUAACCGUAUGGUCCCACUUCAGUACCUUCCCUGUAGAGGUGUACAUCCGGAGAUUGAGGAACAUUCGCAGGUCCAUAAUUCAACUGUUAGAUCGCAGCCCCAAAACUCUGGUGGUCAUCAGAACAGCCAAUGUUCAGGAGCUUGGGCCAGAAGUGAGUCUCUUCAACAGUGACUGGUAUUCCUUUCAGCUUGACAUAAUCAUGAGGAAGAUGUUCUCAGGAAUUGCUGUGUUCUUUGUGGACGCCUGGGAGAUGUCUCUGGCCCAUUACUUGCCACACAACUUGCAUCCACAGGACGUCAUUGUUAAGAAUCAGAUAGAUGCAUUCCUGUCUUUCGUUUGUCCUUCAGAAACUUAGCACAAUUGGUGGAGAGGAGCCCCAUGAUAGAUAGAUAGAUAGUGUUUUGCUGUAUCAUAACCAAGUCAUUCUCUCUGAGCUAUAAAAUGAAACUACAGGCAAACUGUAUGGUUCCUGUUCCCACAAGUGAUCUCAGUUGCUUGGCCAUGAAGACAGAUGACUGUGAAUGGCAGUAAGGAGGAAUAGACUAAUUCUGACCACUUUUAUAUCUUCCUGUAGGGAUGGUUUCUCUUGACCUUGUAAUUUGUCUCAGAUUACUAGGGUGGUCCUUAAAUCAAAACUACAAGACUCACUACAGAAGUACUUAAAUUAUUAGCUUUAUUAAUUGUCUGUCUGCACUGCAUGAUUAUUCAUACAGAACUGAUUCAGUUACCAAAGUCCUUUCUUACUAUCCAGAGUACUGUGUGAAACCUGGGAAGGAUUGUUUGGGAACCGCUUUUUCUUUGGUUGUUCCAAAGUUGUAUUUGGUAUCUGGAAUAACCAAAGAUGUUUCAUAUUGUCCUUCUUUGAUUGAAGUAAUCUGGGGAUACCUCUUUCAAAGUCCUAAUCGGGAAUCUAAAUGGGAUGUCCUAAAACCUCUGGAUCAGUCCAGGAAGCACAACCUAAAAAGCCUGCAGAAUCAUCAGAAUAUUUAUUGGAUGUGUCGGCAUUGAUGUUAAUCACCCAUUCACAAUGUUUACAGAAUGGCUUCUAAAGAAUACAAAUAGCCAGCACCAGUUGUAGGUAGUUUCUUCUUCAGCAGCAACAACAAAAUUGCGAUAACUCAUUGGAAUGUUUCCUUACAAAAAUGUUUUCUCCUCUGUUGUGUGCUCGCUCUGUUUUAGCACUUCACUGCUGCUUAUGAGAUCCGGCUUCUGUUUAUAUUAAGGAAUAUAUUUGUUUUGAGGGGUAGGAACACACAGAAUUACAUGGACUUCACAAACAGAUACAGUGGGAGGAAGAGUCAAAUUUUGAGCCUACAAUUCUUGACAGUGUCAUUAUAAAUUCUUGCUCUGACUGAUCUUUGUUCUUCCACUUCUACGUUGGGCAUUUUUUGCACCAUUUUCAUAGCUGCCAAAUCUGCCAGCUUCAAAUACCUUCAGUGUUGCCCUGUGUACUUGGUAAAUCCCACCUGAAUUUCCAAUGAUAAGCUGAAAAUUUAUUGCUGAGUGGCCCUUUUAGAGAAGGGCUUAAUGAGAUUUGCACAUUGUGCUUUCUGUUUUGACUGGACCUGGUUACAGUGUAAGUCACACUUUGAUUUAUUGGCUUGAUGAAGUUCAAUUCCCAGAUUAAACACUAACGAUGCGAUCUUCAGAAGGCUGCUCCCAUUGAAACCAAUGGAAAUUCUACCAUUGACUUCAGUGGGAACAGAGCAUUGCCAUCUUUCUCUUUUUGUAGUCCUUCUGCUUCUCUGCCAAAGUCUUGCUCCCCUGUCACUGUGCAACAGGUGUGAGCAGAGUCCUAAAUUUGUUUUGUUUUUUUCCCCAAUUUUAAAAGUUCUAGCCUUCCCAUUGGCUCUUUUGGUCAGGUGCCCACUCCCUUUCCUUUACCUGGGGGACUUUUUAACCCUUCACAAGUAAAGCAAGUAGAGAACAGUUACCAGGAGGGAUUUUACAGCUAAGUGGCUGGCUGGGUGUCCAUCAAAGGGAGCUACCGCCCCCCCCCCUUCAUUUAUCACAAAUGUAUACACAUGUACCGUAACCAUUGAAUUGUCAGAUAACUGACCUACACCAUGGCAGCUUAACUUGAGCCUUUGUUGGUGUGGUUAUUUCUCUUGCAUCAGACAUAAGUAUGUGCAAACCAGCACAUCUCCCCUUUGCAAGAUGUUGUGGUGACACAGAUAGUUUUGGUUUGGGAGCAACAGUAAUAGAAAAACUAAAUCCCUUUAUGGGUCCAGUAUGCAAUUGUUCCUAUUUUAGCAGUUUCAAAAAGGGGUGAAAGACUGCCACAAGGGGUAUUUUUGCUUUUAAAAAUCUAAUUGAAAUUGGUUUCAAUCACAUUUAUGACCAACUUCUUUUAGGUCAUGAAUUUUAAAAUAAGAAAGUUGCCAGUUUACUCAAGUUAAGGACCAAUAUUUCAUUAUUUUGGGAAUGGGGAUUGACAGGAAAGAAAAAAAACUGGAGUUUCCAGUGUUCAGCAUUUUUAACAAUGGUCACACUAUACUUCUAAAUCAGUAAAAUUUUAUUGCAAUGCU